GGCGGUGCCGUGCCGGCGGCGGGCGGCAGGUGCCUCAGAGCGGGCGGGAUGGCGGCGGUGCCGCCGCGCUCCUUCAGCGCCGCCGAGGUGCGGGCGCGCUGCGCGGGGGGCGCCUGCCUGGUUCGCUGCCGCCGCCGCCUCUACGACCUGAGCGGCUUCGUGCGGCUGCACCCGGGCGGGGAGCAGCUGCUGCGGCAGCGCGCGGGCUGCGACGUGAGCGCCGCGCUCGACGGGCCCCCGCACCGCCACUCCCGCAACGCCCGCCGCUGGCUCGAGCAGUACUACCUGGGCGAGCUGGAGCCCGGCGCCGAGCAGAGCCUCCUUGAGCCGGUGGAUGAGAAGGUGGUAGAUGCUACAGCCCAGACUCCAUCACGGGUGGAUCCCCCCUGUAAAACAGUGGAUGAGGAAAAGGACCUGGUGGACUGGCAGAAGCCCUUGCUAUGGCAGGUGGGCUACCUUGGGGAGAAGUACGACGAGUGGGUGCACCAGCCCGUAGAUCGGCCCAUCCGCCUCUUCCACUCGGAUAUCCUUGAGUCCCUCUCCAAGACAGCAUGGUAUGUGGUGUUCAUGGUGUGGACUCCCGUGGUGCUCUAUCUCAGCUGGGUCAGCUAUACCUCCCUUGCCCAGGGCAACACCAGGCUCUUCUCCUCCUUCACCACAGAGUACUCCAUCCCUGUCCACAAAUACUACUUCCCCUUCAUCUUCCUCCUGGGGAUGUUCCUGUGGUCCCUGCUAGAGUACCUCAUCCAUCGCUUUGUCUUCCACAUGAAGCCACCUGCUAGUAACUACUAUCUCAUCACCCUGCAUUUCUUGCUGCAUGGGCAGCAUCACAAGUCUCCCUUCGACAGCUCCCGCCUGGUCUUCCCUCCCGUGCCGGCCUCACUGGUGAUUGGCUUCUUCUACGGCGUCCUGCAGCUCCUGCUGCCCGAGGUGCUGGGGCUCUCGGUGUUUGUUGGGGGGCUCUGCGGCUACGUCAUCUACGACAUGAUGCACUAUUACCUCCACUACGGCUCACCGAAGAAAGGCACCUACCUGUACGGGCUGAAGGCUUAUCACGUCAAGCACCACUUUGAACACCAAAAAUCAGGCUUUGGCAUCAGCACCCGCUUCUGGGAUCGCCCCUUCAGGACGCUCAUCCCAGAGGAGACCUUUGAGAAGGAGGACUGACGGCCCCUACACUGCACCCGGCUGCCGGCUCCCUCCCUCCCAGGCAGGGGCUGGCAUCCCUCCCCAGCCCUCUGCAAGGCUGGCUGGCCCCUGCCCCCUUCCCAAGGUGGUGGCGCCACACUGGAACACGUCUGUGAUGCUCUGUGGUCCGGCUGUGGCGCUACCAAGGGGGGCAGGGGGAUGAGGACGCAGGGAAAGAGAGGAGAAGGAGGUUGUGGGGCUCCCUGGAGGGCUCCUGCCCCUUCCUCGCCGCCCUCCUGCUCCAGGUCAUGGAUGCAUGGGCAGGUCUGCUGCCCAAGAGAUGAAGUGCCUGACGCUGUCAUCCCUCCUCGCCCUGGCACCUCACUGGAGCCCUCCUGGGGUGUCCCCUCCCCGGGGCAUCCGGCACGCUGCCGUUAACCCCAUCACCUAACUCUUGCCCAGGGGCUUACAUAUCCCCGAUCCUUCUCUCGGCGUGAUGCCGGCACAGGGUUUCCUUGGCCUACGGUCCUUGGGGUGGGGAUCCUCCAGGUCUGGGUUUUGCCUUUUUCUAACCGGUGCCAGAUUUAUCAAAUUCACAUUUUUUUGUAAACAUUGGCUACUUGAAACUCAAACUCCAAUGAAAGGAAUUACUACGAGAUACCUUUUUUUGCUGAUCCUGUGAUUAUUUUUUUUUCUAAUGUUUACUGCGGAUAUUUAAAGGUUUGGAAUAAAGUUACAUGUAAAACUGUAGACACUACAAUUGUAAAUAAACUGUAUAUUUUGAAAAUAAAGCCU